ACGAAACCAGUUAACAAAUGAAAUUGGAAACGAGGCUGAAAUCUGUCUGUGUGUCAUGCCAGCUCAGUGAUCAAUAAAAGUAUUUUCUGUUUUCGGCGUAAUUAAAACCAUGGACGUUCCAUCGGAAUUCAGAAAUCCUGGUAAAAGGAGACCAAAGAAAGGAGGCACCAGACCACAGCUGUAUGAAGACACAAGCAUGCAGCCACCUCCUUCAGAGUAUGGUGCUCAUCAUGGGCAAGGGAUAAAUAUGGAAGGCUACAACCCCUCAGGUUAUGGAGGACCCCCAGGUGCCGGACAGUUUCCUGGGGCCCAGUAUCUCAAUGACCCCAUGGCGAACAUGGCCAUGCAGUAUGGACAGUCUUUGGCAGGCCAAGGCACAGACUUCGUCCACAAAAACCUUGAAAAAUAUGUGUCAACGUCUCGGGUGAAGUAUUAUUUUGCUGUAGAUACCACAUACGUAAUGAAAAAGCUGGGGAUGUUGUGUUUUCCUUUCACCCAUUCUGACUGGUCAAUAAAAUUUAACCAGGAUCAGCCAGUGGCCCCUAGAGAUGACAUCAAUGCUCCAGAUUUAUAUAUACCAUCCAUGGCAUUUGUCACAUACAUCCUCAUAGCUGGAGUGGUACUGGGAACAUACAAUAAAUUUACUCCAGAGCAGCUUGGGAUACAGACAAGCUCUGCAUUGGUGUGGCUCAUCUUAGAAUUACUUAUCCUAAACAUGAGCCUCUACAUCAUGAACCUAAAAACAGAUCUAAAAUAUCUAGAUAUUGUAGCAUAUUGUGGAUACAAAUUUGUGGGAAUGAUAGUGUGUUUAUUGGCGGGAAUGGUAUUCCAGUCUACAGGGUAUUACGGCACCUUGCUGUGGUUCAGCAUAACAAUAGCUUUUUUCUUGGUCCAAACUCUGCGAGUCAAGAUAUUGCCCCACUCAGAAGACAGCAACUACUCCCGAGGGAGCAAACGGAGCCUCUAUCUUAUCCUCUCCAUAUCCCUCCUCCAGCCCGUGAUGAUGUGGUGGCUAACGGGAUACAUCAUGUUCACAAAAUGACGCUCUUUCAGGCAUAAAUGGUUGACUUGUUCACUUCAUGACAUGUAAUGGUGAUCUCGAAUUUUUUGCGAGAAACUUUGUAUGGUUUUGAAAUUCUUAUGAAUUAUGAAUUGGUACUGUGGAUAUGUGAAUUGUGCAAAAGAAAUUGUGAUUGUGUGAGGACGUAUAUGGGAUUAUAUUUGCUUAAUUUUAUGUUGAUAUACAUGUAUUUGUGCCAAAGUUGUACAAUGAGUGCAUGAUGUAAGAUUAAAUACAUAUUGCUGCA